UCUAAAGGUGGAUGCGUUAAAACUUAUUGUUAUUAUUUUAAUUAUUUUUAGGGGAAAUAAAGCUGUUAAUGCAGUUGAGUUAAGUUUCUUUGCAGUGGAAACCUAAAGAAAGCUUUCCAGUGAAUGAAAAACAUCACUGCAGCAGAUCCAAACAUGUCACAUCCAGAGAAAGUUGUGACCGAGGAACGCCCCAAUGAAGUCCCCAAUGCCGUGGAGCUCAGGGAAACCAUUUGGUACUCCAUAGGAGAGCUUGUGGAGAUGAUUGUAUGUCCAGGUUGUGGAAAAUCUAUGGUAUCCUUCAAGAACCGCUUUGCCCACGUCAAGAAGUGCUUCAGCAUCAAAAGACGGGGUCCUCUGUACAGGAUCUACGGAUAUGCCGAGUGCAAGUGCGGUUUACUCAUUGCAGACACGGCAAAAGCCCGAAAACUGCAUGUUUGUAUGGGUAAAGUUCGACCCUGCAAGCCAAUAUGCCCGGUUGAGCCGAAGAAACCUCCGGCUGAGGCACAACCUCCUGAAGAGUUGCCCACCAAGCCUGAGCAAAAUGUGGAGCAAACUGGGAAGGUCGAGAAUAAAACGUGGAUUCACAACUUCACCAGCCCCAUUCAGCAAAAGGAUCUCUCGUUCCUGGACAUUUCGUGUUCCAUUAACCCUGAUCCCAAGCCAACGUCGAGGCCGCGGGUCCGUAACUUCGACAAACCUUCCCGAUUGUUGGCUCCCAAGGAAGUCUGUGUCUACUCCAUAAUUCGCAAGAAUGGAGCUAUCACGGUGGCGGGCAGAUCAAUCCUAAAGCAACGGAUGUGUAACGAAAACAUUAUCUUAAUCAAGAAGCGAAAACUUCGACUGCCUGCGAUAGAGCAAAGUGAAAAAUCCUGACCUUUAGUUCAAGUCGAAUGUAGAUCAUAAUUAAUAGUAAACAAAGCAGUAAGCCAUUACUUUAGCAUUGAAAGUGUAUUUAAAAUAUUGUUUUUCGUAAAAACUUUUGGACAAUUAGAA